AAGAGUGGUUGCGCUGUAUCUGCCACUUUUUGAAAUGAACAUUGGGGUUUUAAAAAGUUCUCCGGGUUUCUCUGAAGACUCUGGGCUUUUCCCGUAGCUAGUGGGACGGGUAUCACAAAGGUGAUGAGUAAUUGAGGAUUAGAAAGAGGUGAGGCCAGUGUAAGGAAAGGUGUUCCACCAAAAAAUCAGAUCUGGUUUGCGACAUUCUUAAUACAGUUUUUUUUUUUAAGAUGUACUUUAUUUGUUACAUUGAUUUUCGUAGUGUACUCUAGCUGUAUCCUGAGCUAAUGUAAGUUGUCUUCAGAUUUUGUAUGUAAGCCUUUAUGGUUGCAAGAAAGAUGAAAAUUAAGUUUCCAGGCAUUGGAAGAAUGAUGUUAUCAAAUACUUUGGGUGACUUUGGCAUGAAUUGUGACAGAAGGGGUAGACAGUUAGCUUUAAGUGGGCUUGCAUUUCUGAAGAGGCAUCAGGUAGUAGUUCUUAUUAGACUUAAGGACAUUAAGAUUAAUUUCAGUGUUGAUAUGUAUAAGACUUUUGGCAUGAUAUUGAGGGAUGAUUAUCUUUACUGAUAUAUUGCUCUCAUUGGCCUCUUCUGCCACUCAUGAACUUAAGAAUUAAUGCAUUAUGUAAUUAUUGAUAUUUUCACCAUUAGACUUGCAAACAAUAAUAUUAACCGAGUCUCCAACACAUGAAAGUCAUUUAUUGCUUGCUUCAAAAUAACAGGUUGGUGUUAGAAUCAAGGAGUAGUUUCAUCCAGUAAGGCCUUUGCUGUAUGUAAGGGACUUUUAUGAUGUGGUGAGGAUGGAAGAGUGCAUAGAAUACGAAGAUGAGUGAGACCAGGUAGCUGCCUGCAAGGAAGAAGCAGAUAAUGCCCAGAGUAUGGCAACACAGCAUUCCUGCGGGUUUUAUUAGAGGUGCAUCGAAGCGCGAAGUUGCUGAUCUGUAUGAAUUAUCGGAGGGUUGAAUGCUCUCUAUCAAUAGCACCUCACGUCAUUAAAAAGAUAACUUUGAAGACAUGUUUUGCUGAAAAGACAGCUGAGCAAAAUUUUCACGAAUGGGAUGAACACGCUCCAGCUAACUGACUACCUACUGCAGUUUGAAUGUUGACGUUGCCCACUUGGUGCAGCACCCUAGUGAUGUACCUGCUCUCACAAUACCCUAUUUCAGUGUGCUGGUCUUGAUUCAAGAAUUCAAAGUGGAGUACCGCAAACUUGAUAUGGAUAAUAAAAAGAAAGACAAGGACAAAUCAGAUGACAGAAUGGCUCGGCCUAGUGGUCGGUCGGGGCACAGUGCUCGAGGAACCGGUUCUUCUUCUUCUGGAGUUUUAAUGGUUGGACCUAACUUCAGAGUCGGAAAGAAAAUCGGGUGUGGCAAUUUUGGAGAAUUACGAUUAGGGAAAAAUUUAUACACAAAUGAAUAUGUGGCAAUUAAACUGGAGCCCAUGAAAUCGAGAGCACCACAGCUGCAUUUGGAGUACAGAUUCUACAAGCAGUUAGGAUCUGGAGAUGGUAUACCUCAAGUUUACUAUUUUGGCCCUUGUGGUAAAUACAACGCCAUGGUGCUGGAACUGCUGGGUCCUAGUUUAGAAGACCUGUUUGACUUGUGCGACAGGACGUUUUCUCUGAAAACGGUUCUCAUGAUAGCUAUACAGCUGAUUUCUCGCAUGGAAUAUGUCCAUUCAAAGAACUUAAUAUACAGAGAUGUAAAACCUGAGAACUUCUUAAUAGGACGACCAGGAAACAAAACCCAGCAAGUUAUUCAUAUUAUAGAUUUUGGUUUGGCAAAAGAAUACAUUGAUCCAGAGACAAAGAAACAUAUACCAUACAGAGAACACAAAAGCCUUACGGGAACAGCUAGAUACAUGAGCAUAAACACGCACCUAGGAAAAGAACAAAGUAGAAGAGACGAUUUAGAAGCUUUAGGCCAUAUGUUCAUGUAUUUUCUGAGAGGCAGUCUUCCGUGGCAAGGCUUAAAGGCUGACACAUUAAAAGAGAGGUAUCAGAAAAUUGGAGAUACGAAGCGAGCCACCCCGAUAGAAGCACUGUGUGACAACUUCCCAGAAGAAAUGGCAACAUAUCUUCGUUAUGUAAGAAGGCUAGACUUCUUUGAAAAGCCAGACUAUGACUACUUAAGAAAGCUUUUUACUGAUUUGUUCGAUCGAAAAGGAUACAUGUUUGAUUAUGAAUAUGACUGGAUUGGUAAACAGUUGCCUACUCCAGUGGGUGCAGUUCAGCAGGAUCCUGCUCUGUCGUCUAACAGGGAAGCACAUCAGCACAGAGACAAGAUGCAGCAAUCCAAAAACCAGUCGGCAGACCCCAGGGCAGCUUGGGACUCCCAGCAGGCCAAUCCCCACCAUGUGAGAGCUCACCUUGCAGCAGACAGACAUGGUGGCUCGGUACAGGUUGUAAGUUCUACAAACGGAGAGUUAAAUACAGAUGACCCUACUGCUGGACGUUCAAAUGCUCCCAUCACAGCCCCUACAGAAGUAGAAGUGAUGGAUGAAACUAACUGCCAGAAAGUGUUGAACAUGUGGUGCUGCUGUUUCUUCAAACGAAGGAAAAGGAAAACCAUCCAGCGCCACAAGUGACCGUGGCCGCAGACGCGUCUCCCCGCCGUCUGGUCUGACGGAAUCAUCGCUGCAGUGCCCACGGUUUUCAAGACUCGCUCCCGGAGACGGAGGCGUCCUAUCCCAGACUUCACUUUGUGCUUGUCUUACAUCCAUUUUUUUUUUUUUCUAAUUUUUAUGGAAGCUUUAAAGUUUUGUGCAAACACGAGCGCUUUGCCCGUCGGUGAGUGGAGCGGACCAGUGAGGUGGUGUCCAGAUACGCUCGUGCAGAACUUUCUUCUCUGGCCAGCUGUGUCCUGGAUCUGGGAUUUAUGGCUUCGGUAGGAGCCCCUCACGGAGGGCUUCCUCCCCGUGGACAGCACAGCAGACAAGCCUAGUUGCCCGAGUAUUUAAAAGCCGCUCCUGUGUUGUGACACCUGCAUCCCUCGCAGGUCAGACUGAUGCCCUCUGUGAAGUCCCGGUGCAGGCACCGCCCAUGGUCCAGAGGAGAGCGCCCUGGGUCCGGAGAGAGCGCCCUGGGUCCAGAGAGAGCGUCCUGUCCACAGGAGAGCACCCUGGGUCCAGAGAGAGCGCCCUGGGUCUGGAGGAGAGCGCUCACGGCCCAGAGAGAGCGCCCUGGGUCCAGAGAGAGCGCCCUGGGCCGUGCGCAGCCCCCUGUGGCAGAAGCGGCAAGAUGGAGUCUUUUUUCAAAUGCAAAAUAUUUGUAAAAUGUUAUCUUUAUGCUUCCAGAUAAUAGUGUGUGUCAGACAGCAAGAAGUGAAUACUUGGAGAUGUGAUGUGUGUUGAAGUUUUCAGAAAAACACAAGCUACACUAUGGAGAAGACCUGAGCGUGCGGCCCCGCGGAGUGAGGCUGAGCCUGGUCUAGCGCCCGGCCUCCCCUGCCCUGCCCGGAGACGUGGCCGUGCAGGCGGCCGUGUCUGUUGUUGGUUAUUUUUCUCUUUGAUACAAAGGCCCCCAGCAAUAAAAACUGGGUCCCUCGAUUGCCCUCGGCGCGCGUUGGUGUCUUGCAUUCGGCUCUGCUGGUUCCCCGGAAUGCCCCUGCUCCUCAGCGAGGUUUCCGAGGUUGAGGAUCGCGUGGAGAGGAUGGGUCAGGUGCUGCUCCUGGUCUUUUGCAGUCUUUCGAAGUGCCUGCAUAUGAGUAGAGUGACAGUUCUGUGAGGAAGGAAGCCCAUUCCACCUUUCAAGUCUGCUUUGUUUUAAGCCAUAAAGACACAGGUGUACUUUUGUCCUAGCCAGGAUUUUCAAGAAGGGUUACAAGAAUACAUCUGGCUGGAAAGAUAAUUACAUUGCUCAAGUCUCGUGUGCACCCUUCAUUUAUAAAUUGUCGCCUGCUCUCUCUGUCUCUAAGCGCAUGUCUCCAGGUGUGCGUAUUUAUUUUGUCUCAAGGUAACAUUUAAAAUGUGUAUUAAAGGAAAAGAAAUCCACAGUUUUUACUUUACUAUUACAUUUACAUGGAUUUAAUUAUACUUUGUAAUUUAUUUUUCUUCUUAGCCAGAAGUUCAGUGCAUUGUUUCUGAAGAAUUAGGCACCCGUCUCCAAUCAGGACGUCUGUAUCGGCUCUGAUGCCGAGGAAUGACCUUUUUUUGAUUUCAAAGACCUGUACUCAGCCUCGAAAACAUUUGCUGUAUAAUUUGGUCAGCAGUUUCCAUCCUAUUUAUAUACUGUCACAAUAACUUAAACUACAGGAGCUAUAUACUGAGUUUUUAUUUUUGUUUGCUUGGAGCAAGGUAGAUGGAUGUUUUGGCCAUUAUAAUGUGAAACCACUUCUUUCUUUACAGUAUUUGACCAAAUGUGUGUGUCUAUGAUAUUUGUAAAUACAUGCGAUAUGUGUAUUUCUUAUCAUAAGCCUAUUUAGUUUUAUCCUCAGUAAGGUUUUUUGGACUGUACAGUGUUUAUAUGAUCUGAACUCCUUAUACAUAAGAAGGUGUGUAUAUUAAUCCAAUUAUGGACUUAAAAUAUUUUAAAAGUAUAAAUACCCUUAUUUGCUGCAAUGACCAGUGUGUAGACAUUUGCUUUUUAGCAAUAUUUUUAAGUGCUCCAUUUUAAUGCCAAGGAGUCAGUCUUUCGGCAGCACAAACUGGUCAAUAAUAGGUAAUGCAGGUAUGUUCAGGUUAAGCCAACAAUGUUUUGCAUUUUUAUGCUUCUUUUCUGUCAACACUAAUGAAGUCAACAUUGCCUGAAUGUCUGAAUAAUGAAACACAUCCCUGUUUAAAAAUAUGUAACUGAAAAAAAAAAAAGAAAUAAAAAAUAAAGGUAGUUUUUUUAAACUCGCUUUUCCCCUUUCCUCUAAUCAUGGGUAAAAUAAUGCCACUCAGUAAUUUAAGACGGAUUCCAUCUGUUGUACAUGAGAAGCAGAACUAAAAGAAUAUACUUUUCAUUUGUUGUUUUUGUUUUCUUUGUUGGACAUAGUUGUAAAGAGCACACACCAGGAAGGAUCUAAGCUUUCUUUGUCUUUAAACUGUUUUUUACUACUUCUCUGAACUACUUAGUACAGCAAUUGACUAACAAUAAUCUCUUCUGAUAAACUAAGGGAAAAAAAAAAAACAGAAUUGUUUAUUCCUCCUUGGAAGUGGAAUCAGACUAUGUUCUCAGAAAUUAAGCAUUAUUAAUCCAGCUUCAGGAAUGACUGAAAACCAUUGCCGACAGUGUCCCUCAGGUUGUCACCGCGCUAGGGGCUGUAAGAGGUUCUACAAAGUGGCAGUAGUGGCGCUCAGCUUGCUGAAGCGGGCUACAGGUAAGAUGAGGUACAGCAGCAAGCUCCCGGCCCAGGGUCAGUGCGUCCCGUAACCGCUGCAGUCAGUGAGAGGCGGAGGAGGAUCUGGAGAUGACGCGUACCGCUGAAAGGCCCUCUCUGGGAAAGCCUCCCUUAGGAUUGGGCCUGCAACCUGAGUGAAUUACGGGUGAUAGAACAGUAGCCUGGCUCAAGCAGGAGUAGUGUAGAUGAGCUUGUUUAACUGCAGGUGCAGUGCUAGCACUGGAUUCUGUGUGCUUCGUCCUGGUGUUGAGAGCGGGAAGCUGCAUGUCUCUUGGUCGUGUGUUCACCCGGCUGUCUUAUUUCAGACACACUCCCCUUGUGUGAUGGCUUGAGACUCCCACUGUACCCCCGUAGUAACCUCAGCAAAGACAAAGGGCCACGUUCCUCAACAGUUGUAGCAGAAUCCCAGGACUGCCUUUGUUUCCCCACUUCUUCACUUGCUGUCUACCCUGUGCUCGUUACUGUGGACAAGGGAGUGCUGGUCUCUUGGUAGCUGGCCCUCAGGCCUACGUCCACUUUCAUCACCCUGAGAAAUGAGUGAGAAAGAGGAUUAAGCAGAAGGAAAUGAAGACACUGUUAUGAGAAAGAUAGUGAACUACUAGGGGCAAAAUCAGUGGCUUUCCACUUUUGUGCUGGGAAAAAAUGUAUCAAAAUGGGGAACCUUAUUUUAAAUAGAAAGUAUUGGAAAUUUUCUCAGUAUUAAUACAUUAUAUUAAAUCAUUUAUGUGGUGAAUGUGUAAAUUUGAAACGUGUUUUGUGCUUAGGUGAAAAGUUAUAAAGAUCCCUGCUUGGUGUGCUUUUUGUUUAGCUUUCCAGGGUUCUGGUGAUAGAAUUGAGUUAACAGAGUUAAGAAGCAGUGAUUUUUUUUUUUCCGACCAGAGUACAAAGAAGUGGAAUGACAAAGUUUCACUGUUUUUCAUUGUAUCUGGUUUCUUCUCUGCCCAGUUCUUUUUUUUUUUUUUUUUUUUUUUUUUUUUUUUUUUUUACAGGCAGAGUUAGACAGAGACAGAGAGAAAGGUCUUCCUUCCAUUGGUUCACCCCCGAAAUGGCUGCUACGGCCGGCACACUGCACUGAUCCAAAGCCAGGAGCCAGGUGCUUCUCCUGGUCUCCCAUGCGGAUGCAGGGCCCAAGGACUUGGGCCAUCCUCCACUGCCCUCCCGGGCCACGGCAGAGAGCUGGCCUGGAAGAGGGGCAUCCGGGACAGAAUCCGGCACCCCAACCGGGACUAGAACCCCGGGUGCUGGCGCCGCAAGGCAGAGGAUUAGCCUAGUGAGCCAUGGCGCCGGCCGCCCAGUUCUAAUGCACACCCACAGUAGUGCUCUUAGGAAAUUUACUUCAUAAGAAUUCAUGGAUUAUAACCAAAGACAAGAUUAGAGAAGAAUGCUAGGUAAUCUUGAUGGGAUAUGAAAGUAACUUUGCUGGAACAGUUGGUCAUAGUGGUGUUGUGCCAUUUCUUGAAGGGGAAAAUGCUGCUGCCGUUUUCUAGUCUGGGGCUGCCAGACAUUUUUUGGGGUGCAGGUCAGGCUUAGUGGGCCCAGAUGCUGUUACCAGGAAGACAGUGGGUUCCUAUGAUAUUAACAGUAUGAGGAUGGAAGGUUUUACACUUAGGAGAGAAAACAAGUUCCCACAAAUACUCUGCUGAUGCCUUCAAACUGAAUUUAAAUUUGUCUUGUAUUGCAGGACUACUAAUGAUGAGAACAGAAUUAUUUUGAAGGAGUAAUAUUUUACUAAGUAAAAUUGAUUGCAAAUGUUCAUCUAUUAACUGCAAUGUGAUUUUACAUAUUUCAUCAUUGAAAAUAUGUUUUCACACAGAUAGAUACCACCAAAUACUGUCAGUUCUUCAGCAUGUGCUUUUGAGCCGAGUCAUCAUUUGCAGUGUAUUUGUAGCAUUCUGUUAGGGUCUGCUCUUGGUAUUUACUCUUCAGCAUAUCCUCACAUUGCAGGUUAGUCAUUUCCUGUUCAGGGUUAGGUGGAUGCUUCUUGAUUGUACAGCUGAAUAGGUUUUGAAAUAUGGAAACUUUCUGUGCACUUGGAUUGAGGUUCAUAAGUGCAGCUGGAAUUGUAGAGUUGGAUGUAGAAAAUACAGUCACUGGAAAUAUGUGUGAGUGAAGGUCUUGCUUCUUUUAACUUGACAGCAUGGAAGUAUGUAAGCCAGCUUGACAUGGCUUGUGAUUUAAACAACAUCAGUUGCCCUUAAAAUGAUUUUGUUGCAUUGUAAGUUGAACAUACAUGUGCUGUUCAGCCUUGUGAUUAUAGCCUCAAAUUUUUAAAGAGACACUAUCAACCCUUCAGUAUCAGCUAAUUUCUAAAGGUGUUUGUUAAUGGUCAUUGAAGGCGAUUCUUUGAUUAAGAGACAUUUCAGUCUUGUUCUGAGCUCAAAAAGUCGCAUCUAAACUCCACUGCCAUCAAACUGCUAUGUAGUUGUGCAGGCUGUUCUGGCAAUAUUUAAUAAACCUGUAGAGGGGAUGAGAUUCACCAUUGAGUUUAUUAAUUCCAUUAAUUUCACUGAAAUGUUUUCCACAAAGUCCCUGCUGAUGAACAAGUACCUGUUGAUGUGCAGCCAUCAACCUUACACAUAUUCUGUUUUCACAGUCUGUCAAAUAAGCUGCUGUUUUAAUCCAUAUAUAUCUUUGCCAUCAUCCGUUACAGUACCUCGUAGCAGAUUCCACUUCAGGUUCUAAUGAAUUGGUGUUUUUCUCAACUUCUCUGAAAAUUUUCGUACCUGUAAUUGUUCCGUGCAGACUGAAUUCUUGGGUCACUGCAGCAAUGGCUUCUCAGAUAAGACUGGGUAACCUCUGUUGAGUCAUCAAAAGCCAAGCACAGGCAAACUCAUUUUCCUUAUUUUUAGUUGACUGUUGGUGACACCUCCAUGUCCUCAGGCCUCCCAGCCGACCAUUCUUGCUGACAAGCUGCAGUCAAACAAGUCAGUUAACCCUGACCCACCUGUCAGUAAGCAGCAUUCCUCCCUUGGCUAACAAGCCGCUUGGAAAGUUAACUUUGAUUACACCCUUAAUUAUAUUUUUGUGUGUGUGAAUAAAUUCUCCUGUGAUGAGGUAUUUUCAUUUUCUAACUGCUCUGACUGUUGCUUCCUGUGAGCUAGGAAUAUUGUGAUGAGUGCUUAUUCUGCCAAUGUUGAAAUCUAUUUUAGCACAGCUGAAGUAUCAUUGCAUAAUAAAUACAAUGCUUUGCCAUGUAAUUGUGUAACAAAAAGAUCCACACUCCACUGUGCCUUAAAUGCGCAACACUCAAAGUUCACUUUUCUUUACUUUUUGACAUGAUGAAUAUGCACUAGUAAUAAAAAAUAAUAAAAUAUCUAUGACAAUAUGUGUGUCACUUGAAAUACUGUCAAGUUACCAUUACUGAGGUUUAUGGUGUUGAACAGCAGUGAGAAGCAAUCAAAGUGCCACAUGUGGUCUCUGUCACAACUCUUCCACUCUGCUUUUGUAGCAUGAAAGCAGCCAUACAUAAUAUGUAAACAGAUGAGCAUGGCUGUGUUCCAAUAAAAUUUUUAUUUGUGGACACUGAAUUUCAUAUAA